AAGAGGUCACGAUCCAUCCGACAACGGUCCAGUUCCUCAUCUUCAUCAAGAAUCCCAUUUUCACUCAAGGUUUUACCCAUGUCCAGAUUGACACCGUUGUGCUUCCAGGUGUAGCUGGCUGCGUGGGAGUUGUAGCGCAGAAGGCAAUAACAGUGGGGAAGAUGAGCACCACUACCCCGAGAUUGCCGCACCAGCCUUCACCUUCAUGUCCUUCUCCUCACCCUGAAAGCUUAAAUUCCCCUCACGUUACUUCACUUCACUGUAAAUAAAGAGCACUUUCCCCCGACUUAAGGACUCUCUGUGCUGUGUCUGUGUCCAGAUCCUGUUCAUCACGCUGGUGGAGGAUGCAGGCAGCACAGCACCCUGAGAGCGGAAUGGACGCUUUCUUCCAGCAAUUUCUCCAGAUGAGCCUGCAGCACCAAGCCAACACUGAGGAGCUGGCUCGGGGCCUCCAGACCACUACACGUGAUCUUCUGGAGCUGAAGAAAAUGGCCAGUAGUGCUGCAGCCGUCCCCCGACCCGACCCCUGCCGGGAGGCCCAGCUCCUCCUAAUCAAACUCACGCCCGACGAGGAUGUGGAAGCAUUCCUGCUGACCUUCAAGCGAGUCGCUCAGAGGGAAAACUGGCCCCGGGAGGACUGGGCCCCAGCCCUUGCUCCACUCCUCAUGGGAGUGGCCCAGCGGGCCUGCCCUGCCCUGACUCUGGAAGAAGCAGCUUGCUAUGAAACACUUAAGAGUGAUAUCCUCCUACGCUGUGGCCUUUCCCCAACAAGCACAGCGGCAGAGCACCACAGGUGGACCUACAAUCUCAAAGCCACCCCAAGGAGCCAGAUGGACACUCUGCUUUGUAUCACGAAGAGGUGGCUCCAGCCCGAACUCCUGACCGCCGUCAAGGUGGCUGAAAGGGUGGCUAUGGAUUGGUUCCUGAGGGCUCUGCCACCUGAAGAGCGAAAAGCCGUCAGGAUACGAGGGGCCAAAAACCCCAAAGAGAUGACAGAGGUGUUGGAGCAACACAGAAACACUGAAAUCCCCCUCACAGUUGGCCUGUGCCGCUGCUGUUGGGCUGUGACUGGCCAGGGUUCGCAGCAGCCAGGGCAACCCGGCCGACGAGGAAGAAGGAGGUCUGGACGACGCGGCCCAGGAUUCAGCUGGCCUGCGGCCCAGGAUUCAGCCGGCCAAACACCCCCACUAACCCUGUGUCUAUUGUGUCUACCCGGGUUGCUCAGGAGGGCAAUUUCAGCCGGGAGCAGAAGGAGGACUUGCACCUGGCUCACUCACAUACCCUGUCAGGUAACCUGUCAGGUCAUCUGGGGGGGCUCGCAACUACAAAAGGAUACUGGCAAGUGGCCCUCAGCCCGGAGGCCAAUCCGAAGACGGCCUUCACUACCUCCGGAGGCCACUGGCAGUACCGGGUUCUCUCCUUUAGCCUGCAUGGGGCGCUGGUCACCUUUCAGGGUCUGAUGGACAUCGUCCUGAGGCCUCAUAGGCACUAUGCAGCUGCCUAUAUCGAUGAUGUGGUGAUCCACUCCACCACCUGGUCUGCCCACCUCUACCAUCUGUGGGCUGUGUUGGAGGCCCCCCGGAAGUCCGGAUUAACCGCCAACCCAAAAAAAUGUCAUCUGGGGUUAACCGAGGCUAAGGACACCAAUGCCGAGUCACCCGCUGGCUCCUCUCUCUACAGGACUUUGACUUCUCUGUGAAGCACCGAUCGGGGGCACAGCAUGGCAACGCCGAUGGGCUCUCCCGUUGAUACUCACUAUUGGCCCAACACUCGCCAACAACAGGCUCGGAGCUCGGGGGGUGGGGGGCUUACUGUGACAGAUUCUUCAUGUCUGGCAGCCGAUCUCCGGCACGGCACGAAUCUACCCUCAUGGAGGAGCUGGAGGGAUAUAAAAGGAGCCCGCGGCAGUGCAGGGGUAAGGGACAACGACAAUUUCACUAAUUUAUGUCUGUCUGUUUCUUCUUUCAGAAGGCAACAUCAGCGGGGAAGACGAGCCUUUUCUGACGCCAGCCCCCCCGUGCCACUGUAAACGCUGCCGCCUUCAAACCUCCUCAGAGCGCCACUACCCCGAGAUUGCCACACCAGCCUUCACCUUCACGUCCUUCUCCUCACCCUGAAAGCUUAAAUUCCCCUCACGUUACUUCACUUCACUGUAAAUAAAGAGCACUUUCCCCCGACUUAAGGACUCUCUGUGCUGUGUCUGUGUCCGGAUCCUGUUCGUCACAGAAGUCAAACACUCUUUACAACCGUGGUGAGCAGAAAAGCAUCUCAGAAUGCACAACAUAUCAAAUCUUUAGGUGGAUGGGCUUCAACAGCAGAAUUUUAAUGUUUGAUGUGAACAUAAACUGAAGCUCUUGACCUGUAUCUGCAUGAUUAAAUGAUUGGAUAACUGCAUAAAUGAGCAGGUGUAGAGGUGUUCCAAUUAAAGUGGAUGGUGAAUAUAGGUAUACUGAGAGUUUGUUCACACAGCAGGUGUGACAGACAUUAGACUGGUUUGUUUGGACCGUAGUUACAUUUUCUUGCACAUCCACAAAAGCUAGUUCGCUUGGUACCAACAUGGAGACUUCACUAUGGAUUGUUCUUUCUGCUGUCUUGAAUGUAUAUGUGACUAGAACUAAAGACGAUGGCUGUCACAGCAGGUACGGCAUUCAGGCAAAUCUGAUAUGGCAAAAAAAAAAAAUUAUUUCCCUAUGCUAACGGAGCAA